AUGAUGCGAACCUUGGACAUCGUUCUCGAUGAAGUAGACGGUGGAAUACUUGACGUCAGCAGCUCGUCAGAUGCGUCUUGCACCCCGAGCCCAUGCCACAUCAGCAUUCCGAGGACUCCUCGCCUUGCAUCGUCGCCCUCGACACCCAUCACUCCCGAGCAUCCGCUGAAGCGUCACUUGGUGGAGGUGCUCGUGCAUGGCUUCUUGCGCAAGCCCUCUUCCCCCUCCUUUCAAACUGCGGUAGCGUGGUUUCCUGCCGAGGCGUACGAGCUCGUCAAGGACUCUGAGGACUCCUCGGCCUUCCUACGAGUGCGAAUACUGGACGCCUACGACAGCUUCUUCGAGUGGGUCCCUCUCUCCUCCGUGCGCAUCCCUGCUGACAGCUCGGCAUCACCGUUGAAGUAUGGUGAGGACAUCGAGGUAGGCGACAAGAUGUGUGGGAGAAAGGUCUGGUUCUGCGCGAGGUUGAACGAGCUUCAAGGUACCAGGGGGCUCCGAUCCUUAUCAUCCCAUCAGGUUGUGUUUUGGGGGAACGAGCAUGCGAACAACGACGCAGUCACGUUCCAGGAUGUUCGGAAGCGAUCGACGCAGGAUCCUGUGAACGAGGUUGAAUGCCUCAAGCUGCUCAGGUUGAAUGAUAGCAUUCAAUCCAACCCUUCUCCCAUCAGUCAGCCGAGGUUCCUUGGGGACGGAGAGCAAGUCCCCGCAAAGCCAGAGACGGAAAUGAAGUCGAUCUUCUUUCACUCUGAUACUUCCUCGGCAACUCUGGACCACGUGAAGAAAGUCAAGCCGCUACUGGAGGAGGUUUCGGAGCUCUUCUGUGAACGAGAGGCUUUGUUUCUGCACAACUUCGUGCUCGAUGGAAGUGAGCAGGGAUGGAAGGCCUGCUUUGAGAAGCUUUCCGGGAAGCAAGUCCGGCAUGCAGACCUGAAGUCCGUUCGUCAUUUCUUCUCCAGUUGCAUCGAGGACCUGGAGCAGACUGACAUCUUGAAACAGUCGAAUGCAGUGAAGUUGCUGCUGGUAGCUUCGCUGGGUUUGACUGCUCUGUCGACCAAGAUGGUAGUUUUCUUACAAACAUCCCUGAUUUCUAGAGACAUCAUCGUCAUCGUGACCUCGGCGCUGACGAGAUGCCUUUGCAAGCUUUCUGAAGCAGAUGACAACCUGACCUCAGAAUCUGAAUGCGUCGAGUGGAGGAAGCUGUCUUCUCUGCUCAGCAACCUGCUCUUCGUUGCUCUGUCGGUUCUGAAGAAUUGGGUCACCAAGAUCCAUAGCGAGAAAAGGUUUCCGGUCCCCUAUAAGAAGAUCCUCUGCAUUAUGGAGAUUUUGCUGUUCCUCGUCACGUUUUCCACCAACAAGUUGUCCGACGCCAAACUGUCAGAGAUGCAAACCAAGUACCCUGACGUGAUCCCCAAGUGUAUCUCCUCUGCUGCUAUCUCUCUGCAUGACAAGGCCAACACCGACCCUAGCCGGGAGCCCCCGAUAGCCAACGGCAGGUGGAACAAGGCCGAGUCAAAGGACCUGCCGUACGGACGAAGUCAUCCCGACCUCAGCAGCAAAGAAGCACGCUUCUACUCCUCCGUUUUGCCCUCUCUCCCAAACUUGGUGGUUGUCCUGCUGAAAUUCUUGCUGGCAUCCAGUGUAAAUACCAAGGAAAUCGAAGAAGACAACGUUGAGAUCUCCAGCCCGCCCGUGCACGACAUGGCAAGCGACGUUUCCUUCGAUUCUGCCGAUCUGUGGGAUGAAAUCUUCUCCGCCAUGGAAACGGACCCGCAAGACCUUGACCCUCUGGUCCUCACCUAUGAGCAAAUCCUUCAGAACUCCGGGGAAACCAUGAUCUCCCUGUUCAAUGCCGAGUGGACCCGAUAUCGGAGGAUCGUGGGCAAGUCCACGGCCACCUGUCUGAGGAAGAUCAUGCGACUAUUCGACCGAUACCUCUGCCUACUCCUCAACGACUCUAACUUCCUCCUGCUCUCCCUCAAGAUGUUGAACCAGGUCCUCUGCCCCUCCCUUGCGCCCAUCAGCCUGCAUGACGUGCGGAGCUCAGGAGAUGGAGCAGCUGGGCUUCUUGACGGGAGAAGUCGAAGUCUGCGGAGAAGGGUAGGAGGAGGCGAUGUGAGGCUGGCCAUCUGCAUGAAGACGGCGUUCAGCUCUGAGGAGAUCGACAUGGCGGGGGUAAACGACUUGCUUGCCGGUAGCUUCUCACUGCGAGGAAAGGAAACGAGGCCCUCGGUCUGCGUCAGGAACAUCGCCAACAUCUCAUGCUUGCUUCAUGUGUUGCAUCAAACCAUCGCGGGCUCGAGGAGCAGGAUCCGGACGCUCGUCUCCUUCAAGGCUCCGCUGGUGCUCCGCAAGGUCCUUGACAUCGGGAACGAGCAGGUGGAGCUGGUUGUGCUCAGACUGUACAAAGAGAUCGCCUGCAUGCUGGGGCGGAAGUGGAAGUCGUCCAACUGCCGCAUCCUCUCCAUGAUCUACAAGCGGAUCCCUCCUGACCUCAACGGCGACUACCUCGCUCCUGACAUGGUGUCGCAGCAAGAUGUGGAGCAAGAGGAUGACAUGAACCGGAAAGCCGUCGGUCGCUUCAACGCGUUCGUGAUGAAUGCUGCGCAUCCCGAAGGAUGA